AUGGCUGCCGGUGCUAUCCUGAAAACGACUGGAAUCGUCACAACCAUUGGCGUUGCCGUUUUCAUUGGAACAGGGUUGUACUACAUGUUAACUGGUCAGGGUAACAGAUUUGACAUAGCGUGGUUCUUGACCAGCACAUCACCUCAUAUGUGGGCCGGCCUAGGCAUUGCGUUCUCGUUGUCAUUCUCGGUACUUGGAGCUGGAUGGGGAAUCUUCACUACGGGCUCCUCAAUUCUCGGCGGCGGUGUGAAAGCCCCUAGAAUUCGAACGAAGAACCUUGUUUCCAUUAUUUUCUGUGAAGCAGUGGCUAUUUUCGGGAUCAUUAUGGCUUUCGUUUUUGUCGGAAAGAUGGCGGAAUUUAAACGUGAGGAGUUAGAUCUCUCGAAGCCUGACCAAAUAGCCAUAUUGGCUCGUAACUUAGCUGCUGGUUACAUGAUUUUUGGUGGCGGUCUUACUGUUGGCUUCAGCAACCUUGUUUGUGGAUUGGCUGUCGGUAGGUGCAUUGUAUCCGCAUUUUUACUGUAUUGA